UAACAAUGAGAAAAAAAUAACAAUAUACAUGUUUAUUAUGCCAUUGCAACCGAAGAAGUGCACCGAUUUUAAUCACGGUUUAGCCACCAAUCCUAACGAUUUCGAAGUGGCAUUCUUACAACCGGAUUAAACCGAUUGCAAUGGUUAAACAAUUAAUUAUUAUGAGAUACAAUCAGUUCGAUAAUGUGUUAUUUACAAUUUGCCUAAUGAGCUGAGGUGUUGCAUUGAAAUCGAAUGACGUUGAGUAACGAUUAUAUGUACUACACAUCCUAUAUAAUGAUUGCUGUUGACCAAAAUUGGUACGGCAAAUUGGAAGGUAAAAUCAAAGAAUUAAGUACAUUUUACCUGUCACAGGACCCUCUAGAAACAAUGUUUGGCCGAAUAAGAUCAUUACUUGGUGAUGCAAGAAAUCCAACAAUGCAGCAAUUCAAAGGUGCACUUCGAAAAAUAUUUUUCAAUAAUGAAAUCAAUUUGUCAUCAAAAUUCGCCAACAUAAUUGAUUCUUCCAAUAUUUUGGAAGUCUCAUCUGUACCGAAAAGAAUGAUACACGGAACUGAAUUGACACAUAAUGCUGUUAUGACUGCGCAUUCGUUUGAUGAAGAAAACGAAGAAGAUGGUAUGGAAAAUGGCGACGGUGAUAGCGACGAUGAGAGCAGUAUGUUCGAUGCCAAUGGUUCACAUUUCUUCGAAGGCGACGAUGACGAUGAUGAAGAAGAACAUGAUUUGGUACCUCACAUUGACCAAACAUGCAGCGAUAGUGAUACUGAGGCUAGUACCGACGAGAAUCUUCAACCCUGUGAAGAUGUUUCUAUAGCAUCAUAUGCAAGAAAUAUCGAAGUAAAUAUUCAAAAAAAUCAUUCUGCAUGUCCAGAUGAUUCAACAUGCCAAAACAUCUUCUCACAGGAUGAAAGAGUUUCGUCGCUGAAUGUUCUACAGAAGUCCUUUACCAAACAUAACGAGGUACCAUGUCGAAGCACUUUUAUGAUUUGCAAAAUCACACGCGAAAUUUUUGUAAAAGCUUUGAACUCAGUAGAUUUUAAGUACGAUGAUGUUUUUCAAUUAAUUUUAGAAAAUGUUUCUGAAAAUCGCGAAAACAUUUUUCCAAACAUUGAAUCGUUCAUUUGUGGAUUGAAGUCUGAAAAUAUUUUCCAUACUAUAAUCCACUCAUAUGUGGAUAUGUAUGCAAAAUACUUUUCACAAAUGGUGAAUGCAGAAAACAAUGAAGAUAUGCUUCGAAGUUGGAAAGAACGAGUUCGCAUUUUCAGAUCAAUGUAGAUUAAUGUAAACGGUUCAGUAAAUUGCAGUGCUAUUUCAGUGCCGUUCGGUAUAUUCCAAAAAAUUUGUUAAGUUAAAAUAUCAAAUUUUUGUUGAAAAAAAAUGGUUGUUUUCGACAAAUUACAUGGCCUGACCAUUUUGUGUAUGUCAAGGAUGUAUACGGACUACAUAAAAAUUAUCACUCGAUUGAAGUGAUACAAUCGAUCCAUUUUGGUUAUAUUUUCCACUCUUUUGGAAAUUUCUUUCUGCAGUCGUCUAAUAUUUUGAAUAUGUAUGUGUGACGAUGUGUGAAUAGCGUUUCAAUUAAUUUCAAAAUUUGGUAAAAAAAUUAUUUUUACACUGCAUUUUUCACUAAAUUGAUCUCAAAAUUUUUGCUAGCUGAACUAUCAUACAAGCGCAUACAAGGUCAUACAUUUUUUUGUGUUCAGUACGGUUCAGUAGAACAGUUGGCAUAUAGAAUUUGAAUAUUAGUGGCAAAAUCGGGCGAAAUGAAGUUGGAUUCACUAUUUUCAAACGUUUUCAAAAAAAAAUUAGUAAUAAUGUUAUAACGACAAGUAGAAUAGAAUAAGCAUGGUUUGGAAAAAUACAAUAAAUUCACGCGAUUCCAUAAAAGAAAUAUCAAGAAA